UACUAUUACAUGUGACAGUGAAAUGAAUAGGUCAAGCACUGAAGUCUUCGCAUAAGGUUAAGCUACCAAACUUCCCGUGUGAAAAAGUACGACUUUUCUGCAUCCUCUACCCACCAUAAAUUGACCUAAUUUCCCAAAAACUCAAACACAUACCCAAAAAAAAGUUCAUAGAUAAAAGAAAAGACAGCCAUGUUCGUGAAGCUCCUCACUAUCGUCUUCUUCUUCGUCAGUCUAUUCUCUCAACUCCUAAAAUCAUCUUCUCAGUCUCUCGACAACUUCACUUACAAUGGCUUCCAUCCUCCUCUGACUGCUAACCUAACCCUCCAAGGGAUCGCCAGCGUCACACCCGAGGGUCUAUUACAGCUAACGGAUACAACAAGGCAUAAAACCGGUCAGGCCUUCUAUAACCAACCAAUUCGGUUCAAAGACUCUCCAAACGGCACCGUCUUCUCCUUCUCCACGACGUUUGUCUUCUCCAUAAAGGCUAUGUUCCGGACACUUAGCGGCCACGGCAUCGCCUUUGUGGUGGCUCCUAACUUCGUCGUCCCGGUUGCCGAUUCCAGCUUCGAACACCUUGGGCUCUUCAACCCCAAUAUGGCACGUAAAGGAACAAACGAUACAUUUGCUGUUGCUUUAAACACGAUCCACAAUGCAGAGCACAGUGAUAUUAACGAUAACACUAUCGGAAUCGAUAUCGCUGGCUUAUAUUCAGGGAAAAGUUUACCGGCGGGGUACUGGAACGAGACAGGUCAGUUUAUUGACCUUACUUUGAACAGUGGUGAUCAAAUGCAGGUUUGGGUUGAUUACGAUGGUCUUACCCAUCAAAUUGAUGUAACAAUUGCUCCUUUUAACCAUGACAAACCUAUAAAACCACUUGUCUCGUCUGUCAGGGAUCUAUCCCUGGUUCUUCUGCAAGAUAUGUUUGUAGGUUUCUCGUCUGAAACCGGUUCGGCUUGGUCGGAACAUUUGGUCUUUGGGUGGAGUUUCCGGCUGAAGGGGAAAGCUCCCCCGUUAGACUUACAAAGACUUCCAAAAUUUCCAGAGUUGCAGUAUGGGGGAGGAGCCAUCAGUCGGUUGGCUGUCUUGUUUAUUGUAAUGUUGAUAAUUACACUCUGUUUUAUCUUUUCGAUCAUCUUCCGCGUGCGCUUCUUCUUAAGGAGGAGGAAAAAGUUCGCAGAGAAGCUAGAAGAUUGGGAAACAGAGUUCAAGAAAAACCGGUUGAAGUUCAAAGACUUGUACUAUGCCACCAAAGGAUUCAAGGAGAAAAACCUUCUUGGAUCUGGCGGGUUUGGGAGCGUUUACAAAGGUGUCAUGCCCAAGACAGAGAACGAGAUCGCCGUGAAAAGAGUGUCGGACCAAUCCCAACAAGGGUUGAAAGAGUUUGUGUCUGAGAUUGUGACUAUUGGUCGGAUGAGUCACCGGAACUUAGUUCCUCUCUUGGGUUAUUGCCGCCGGAAAAAGGAGCUUCUUCUGGUGUACGAGUACAUGCCCAAUGGAAGCUUAGAUAAAUAUUUGUAUAAUAGUUCCGAGGCUACCCUCAACUGGCAACAGAGAAUUACAAUCAUUAAAGGUGUGGCCUCUGCUUUAUUCUUCCUCCACGACGACUGGGAACAAGUGGUGAUUCACCGCGACAUCAAAGCCAGCAACGUCUUAUUAGAUGCAGAAUACAAUGGGAGACUCGGAGAUUUCGGUUUAGCUCGGUUGUGCGGUCACGGUACAGAUAUUCAAACCACUCAUGUCGCUGGGACAUGGGGAUACCUAGCCCCCGACCUCAUGAGGACUGGAAAGGCCACGACUGCUACCGAUGUUUUUGCGUUUGGGGUGCUCCUACUGGAAGUUGCGUGCGGUAGACAUCCUAUCGAGAUUGAUAACGAGAGUGGUGAGAGGACCUUGCUCAAGGAUUCGGUUUUUGGGGUUUGGAGUGAGGGAAACAUUCUGGAUGCAAAGGAUCCAAAUCUAGGGACAGUGUAUGACCAAAGAGAAGUUGAAAUGGUUUUGAAGCUAGGUUUGUUGUGCUCUCACUCAAACCCCCAGGCUAGACCAUCUAUGAGGCAAGUGUUACAUUACCUAAGUGGAGAUGCAAUGUUGCCAGAUCUGUCUCCUUUGGACUUGCUUGGGAGCGAGAUGAUGUUGGGAACCCACCACGGACUUAGCGAGAUAGGCAUGUUUACAGGUGGAUCUUCAAUGGUUGAUUCUGUACUCUCCGUUGGGAGGUGACUUUUAAUAUUACAAUGUUUAUGUGCCUUACUUUACAUAUCGCAGAGAAGUAUUUAUCCACACAAGACAUGGAACCAUAUUGCAUGCUCGUGGACAUGCAAAGUGAAAUAUUGGCAUUAGACCGCAAAAUUAAUAUUUUUUGUUUAAAAUUA